AUUUUUCACUCAUUAUGAAUAUCUAUGGCUUAGGAACAACAACACAUUAACUAACAGAAAUGGCUUCUUCUUCAACCAUAACCUGCAAUUUCCACUCUUCAAUAUUCCUUCCAACCUCAACCACUCGCUUUCCCACAUCUUUCUCCCACACUCUCCUUUGCCCCUACAAUGGGAUUUCCCUUCGACCCACCUCCACAGUUCGUGCCAAGUUCGAAAAAUUCCAAGGUGAACCUCUCCAAGAAGCACAAGACCCUUCAUCAUCAUCAUCAUCAUCAUCACUAGAAAACACACAAACUUCUCUUGAAGAUGAAGAGGAAGAUGACAGUUGCUUGCCUCCAGACUUGGAGGGUGCAGUGCGGCAAUCAAGUGAGGCUGCCGCCAUAUUUGUAACUUCAGGAGGGAUGAGAGCCAUAGUUGAACUUUUAAUCCCUCAAUUGCAAUUUUUAGAUGACGAAGGCGCACAGCUGGAACUCUGGGAAUUGUCAAAGAUUUUUUUGGAUAAACUCAUGGAAGAAACAAACUGCAGGAAUGUUAAAGCCAUAUUUCCAGAUGCUGGUGUUGCAGCUCUUCUAAAAUAUCGGUGGAAAGAUGCUUUGUUCAGUUUUGCAAGCUUAAGUGACCGGAAGCCUGUAGCGAGUGAAGAUGAGAUCGUGGUUAUGAUUGUUCCUGAUUAUCAGAUGUUAGAAUAUGUACAGAAAAUUGCAUCCAAUCUCUCAAAUGAUCCACCAACACCCCUGAUUAUGUGGAAUCCACGCCUGGUUAGUGAGGAUGUUGGGGUUGGAUUCAAUGUCCGGAAUUUAAGGCGCUACUUUCUGAGCACUUUUACAACUGUCUAUUACAUGCGACCUAUGCCAUUUGGUGCAAUUUUUAGAUGUUAUCCACUAUUGUGGAAAGUGUUCAGUGAUGACAAGGAUAGGCCAAAUAGAUAUUUGCUUGAAAAGGAAUAUACCAACCGUCCUGAUGCUGAAGAUAUUGAGAUGUUAUUUGCCAAUGAAGAACAGAAGUCAGAGGAAGGGGAAAGUUUGUUUGACAAAGCGGCAGGCAUCUUCUCUUCGAUUAAUCGGUUCAUGAAGGCUAUGUGAUCAUUUUGAUUUAUGGAUUUAUAUGUUUGAUUCUCCAAAUUUAUUUUUUUAGAAACCUUGCAGCUUGUAUCAUAUUCUGUAAUGCAUGUAUUCAUAUUGUAAUGUAUUCCACUUUGUGCCAGAUUGCCGGUUCUAAGUGUAUAUCACUACUUUGUAUACCAGAAACAUUCUUGUUUC